AUGAAAAUGGAAAGAAGGCUUGUGGAAGAUCAUAUGACUAAUGUGUGUCAAUGGAGAAUAAUACACUGUGGCUACUGCAAUGAGGAGCAUUAUAAAUGUGAUGAAGAGGUACAGUGAAGUUACAUGUAUGCACCUAUCACUGUCAAGUCUUAUGGGGUGAGGUGGGUAUAUUGAGGGCAACUGAACAUUGUCAAAGAAUUAUUUUUAGUCAAAAUACUCACCCUGGGGCCAGAAUAUGGUAUGGGGUCAAAUUCCAGUGAAAUAUCUCCAGUCUGAAGUACAUGAGAGACAACUGACCCUGACAAUUAAGAAAUUGACCCUGUUAAUUUAAGGUUACUGGAAACUGUAAGUUGAAUUAUAGUUCUGGGCAUGAUCAUUUAAAGAGAUAAUUGAUGCUUACUUAGUGCUAUUUUCCUGAACUGGAUCUUUGAAACUUUUUUCAUUGAAAGGCGGAUAAGAGUGCUUGUUUUGUAAUAGUCAUGGAAACAUUGGUGCUCUAUUUUUUUGCAAAAUAUUUGGUAUAUUUAGAAAAGGAAGCUCUAGAAACUAUAAUUUGAUACAGGUUUUACACUCUUCAUCUCUUGGACUUAAUGUAAGGGAUCUGGCACCUGGUAACCUCUUAGAAGGGGAAGACUACCUCAAAUACCUUGGUAUGGCUCAUUGACUCAUAGCUCACUUGGAAGAAUCAUAUAUAAUUUAUCUCCUCAACGAUCUGGCAAUUUCUUGGAAUUCUCACAAGACUGAGACACUGUUCCCACUGUUAAUUUACUAAGUACACUGUAUAUCAAUCUUUGAUCCAGCCCUACAAAACUUAUGGUAUUGCUGUAUGGGGCCAAACUGCUCAAACAAAAUUGGACAAACUAUUAAUUUUGCAAAAACACACUCUUCAUUAAACUGAAUUUUAAUUCACUUUGCUCCACACAGAUCUCAUGUGAUCCUGUUAUUCAACCUAUAUAAUAUCCAACUGCUUAAUUUUCAGUACUGCAAGUCAGUUUGAACUAUUAUGCAUGACGUUGCUAACAAUUUUUUGUGAGAAAAUAUUUCUAGUUCCUAUUUCUUGAACCUUCACAAGUGCAUAGCUUCAUGUACAAUACUUGAUUUUCAGAGACUACAUGUAGUAAGUCGUCUUUUUAACAAUUAUUCCUCGAGCCCAAAUGGGCUCUAAGUCAAUUGACUCAGAGGCCAUGAGAGCAAGAGGAAUAAUUGUUUUAGUAAAAUCCAACUUGCUGGUCAAAAAUAUGUAGACGAAACAACUUUAGCUGGUUAAAGGCGCGUAUGGAAAAGCCAGAAUCCGGAAUCCGGAACCGGAGCUGGAGCCGGAGCAGGAGCCGGAACCGGAACCGGAACCGGAACUGGAACUUAAAUUGAGACCAGGGUAAACUGGGAAACACUGAAACCAGUUCCCGAUACCCGUGUGGAAAUAAAAUUCAAGAUGGCGUCCUCUGUUAUCACUGUUUUGAGAAAUUUUCAGCACAAUGGUCGUGAUACCAAAGAUAUACUCCCCGCGCAAAAGAGCUUAUGUUUGGUUAUUUAUUACACGUAUGUGUUCUACUUUAUCAAGCAUGCUUACACAUCNAAGAUGGCGUCCUCUGUUAUCACUGUUUUGAGAAAUUUUCAGCACAAUGGUCGUGAUACCAAAGAUAUACUCCCCGCGCAAAAGAGCUUAUGUUUGGUUAUUUAUUACACGUAUGUGUUCUACUUUAUCAAGCAUGCUUACACAUCACGCUUAGACACUUUUACCAGAAAAAACAAACAGUUGUACUUUACAUGACUUUAUAAAAAAAAAGAACUUAACCACUAAAAUUCAAAGAAUCAGCCCAUGCUGUUCCACCGCAGACGCGAGCAUAAAUUCAAGGCACAGUAACUUCACAUUUUCACACUUACUCACAUUUCAAUCGAUUUGUCGCUUUGUCGCGAUCUCUAAACGAAAACAAACAUGUUUUUGUAAAAUGGUAACAUCUUUUCAAACUCAGUAAAACGGAAAAGAAUGAAAACUUUUGUAUUCUUACUCGUACCUUUUCUUAAAAGGGCUCCGUGUUUCAUCCAUUGUGAGGGAAAGGCGGCAAAGGGAGGAGGAGACGCGUUUAUGAAAUUCUCGAAGAAAAAAUGCGACGGUAAAAAAUGUAAUAACAAUGUCAUAAAAAUUACUGUAAGUGACACUCUCAAGACAGAAACAUCUCCAAUUUUUGUUUCUUAGGUUCGGGUUCAGGUUCCGGUUCCGUUUCCUUUCCCGUUCGGGAUUCCGGCUUUUCCAUACGCCCAGUUAAAGCUACAAUCUUGGACAAAACUGUUGAGAAAAUUGUAUACUUGGACAGCAUUUUUCUAAACAUCGUAGCUGUACCGGUUCUUCCCUCUCCCCCUUCCCCUGGAAGCAAUGUUGUUGUGUAUUCAAAAGAAAGCCUGGUCCCUGGGCGUUUGUGGGAAGCAACAUUGAAUUGGGGGAAGAAGCUUUCUUUCCGCAAAGGUGUCGUUUUGGAAAUAGUUUUGUUGCUUAGGAAAGUGGACAUGAUGGGGAAAACUUUCUCAAGUAGUUUUGUCCGGAAUUGUAUUUGACUGGGAAAGGCGAUUUGCAGCCUUUAACGCAGCCAAAUAAACCUGUUCUUUAUAAAUGUAGUACAUUUCAAAGAAAAGUAGAUAAUUAAUGCAAAAUGAGUGAAAACAGAGGCGUUUAUGACAAGAAAACCAAUUGUAUUGUCUUACUUGAUUGGAGUGGUCAGUCAAGAACGUUUGCGAAAUUCAUUUUCCAUGCAUGGUUUUUACGCGCGCUUUGAGUGAAGAGUAGCGGGCAUACAUUGCGCUUUUCUAGGACGAAAAGGACGUGUCCGUCAAGCAGUUUAGCCAGAAAACGGGAAUUACACCCGGUACGAUUCGAUUAGCAAAUAACAUGAAACUUUUGCUGAAUUUUCAGAGCGCGUGACCCGACAACUUUGAACAAUUUUCCCAUCGCCGAAAUAGUCAAUGGGUAAGCACUUGCAAUGAAUAAAAGCAUCAAAUGGAGAGAGGAUGAAAUAUUUACAAAAGCUGCAUUUUUACUUUUCACAUUUGAACGCUUACUUUUGAAACUGUGGCGAUAUCCAGUCCAAAGAAACACACUACAUAUAUGUAACAAUUAGCACGCGUUGUUCGGCUAUUGCGAAAUCUGACUGUUUUAAAGAGGGUGCUGCAAAAAACGUAUAUGAGGUCUUACUUUCCUAUGAGAAGAUGGUGUGGCGUGAAACUUUGUGCUCAAAACUGCUUCUGUAAAGUGUUCUUUAUUGGCAUGUUUUUGUUUUGUCCUUGCAAAUAUUCUUGCGAGAAAAUGCGAAUCACCUUGUACACAAUCUUGGACAAAACUGUUGAGAAAAUUGUAUACUUGGACAGCAUUUUUCUAAACAUCGUAGCUGUACCGGUUCUUCCCUCUCCCCCUUCCCCUGAAAGCAAUGUUGUUGUGUAUUCAAAAGAAAGCCUGAUCCCUGGGCGUUUGUGGGAAGCAACAUUGAAUUGGGGGAAGGGGCUUUCUUUCCGCAAGGGCGUCGUUUUGGAAAUAGUUUUGUUGCUUAGGAAAGUGGACAUGAUGGGGAAAACUUUCUCAAGUAGUUUUGUCCGGGAUUGUAGACUUUAAUCCUUUUUUCACCGCCAAAAAGCCGGGGCUUUCGCUACUAGUGGGCUAUAACAUAUAGCCUGGUAGUAGCUCAACCAACCAGAAUGCAGCAUUAAUAAUAGACCACUAGUUGGAUUUUACUAAACAUUAUAAUUCUGGGACAAAUCACUUAAAAUAUUUUUUUUCUAGAUUUGGCACAAGAAUUUGGAACAGUAUUUCUCAAAGUAUCCAAGUACUCCCUAAACACUUAUUUAAGGCUUCUUUACAUCAGCUUCUUUGACAUAUUUUAGAAUUGGAGGAUACAUGUUGACACACACCUGCUUUAAUAAUAAACUAAGCAAGAUGAUAUAAAAAGGUUAAAUAAGUUUGGAAUUUUGUAACGUUGUAAAUUGUAAUAACUUCAGUUCAUCUUCUUGUGUCAUUAAUUUAGAUCUAUCUCCCUUUUCUUAAUUUCUUCCUAGUAAAUUAAUUUAUGUUUUCCUCUGCCAGCCUCGAUUAGCCCAAGCUAUAUGCGAGCAGAGAAUGUUUGUAUGUACUUGUAUGUUUAGCCUGGGACCAGGCUCUAAAUUGGGGUAAAAAGGAAAAAUAUAAUCGGCGAGCGAAGCGAGCUUAGAGGUAAUCUUGGGAGGGGAAAGGGUGUUUCCCCCUCUCCAGACCACUGCUGGGCUUGCUUCACUCCCCGAUAUUUUUCCUAUUUUGUUUUUUGCCUUUUUUCCCCACUGCGGAGCCUGGUCCCAGGCUAUUGUAUGUAUGAAGGUAAUUCAGUUUGUAACUUCUAUGGACACCAAUAGACUUCUAUAGUCUUCUUCUUCUUCUUCUUGCUCUAAAUGUUAGAAUUCCAAUGCUUCAUCGUCUGACAGAAAGUUUCUGCCAAUACCAACAAUUAGCGUUGUGUUCCAUUUUCAAAGUGAGUAGAGUCAUCUCUCUUGACAGACAUCUUAAAACCUGAACAUAAAUGUAUUUGACUGUCCAUCUUACAAAGAGUUGAUUACUCAGAGUUGUUUUUUUUUUUUGGUUACUACUGUACCUUCAAACAGCCUUAAUUCCCAGUAAUUCUGUCAUAUUUUUCGUAGUUUAUCACCAAAAGUACUUUGACCAAAUAUUUCAUUCGCCUGAUCCCCAUCUCAUCUUUCUGAACUGUUCUCAAAAGACUAACAACUUAAUGGUACAUGUAAUAUAGCUACUGGCAACCCAGUAGUCAUAGAGACAGUGACUUAUCCGUCACUGGCUUAGUACAUCAGCGCCAAGUCACACUAAUUACGGCUCUAAUGGUAUGUUCCAGCUAUGGAGGUUUUCCAAGCCCACUGCCGCAGACAAAUCGCUUAUCAAACUCAAGCUACUUUCAACUGCCGCAGACAAAUCGCUUACCAAACUCAACCUACUUUCAACUCGUGACUACACUAACCUCGAUAACUUUGUUGUCGGUCUCCUACUGCUCUGUGGUGAUGUCGCUUCUCAUCCAAGACCUGUAGGCUCCUCAGAGUCUAUUUCGGUUAUCAAAUGUAUGGUAUCGAACGCACAGAGCCUGAAGAGCCAAAAGAAAGUUGUAAACAGCGACGGAUCAAAAGUGCUCGCCUGCAAUCUACAACAGUUUCAAGACCUGGUGUACUCAGAGGAUAUGGAUGUAGUCUCCGUCAAUGAAACCUGGCUAAAGAGAUCCUUAAAGAUAAUUAUAUAAUUUUUUAGGAAAGAUCGAUCUCACAAUAGUGCCGGUGGUGUGCUUAUCGCAAUCAAGAACGCUGUGUUCAAGUCUAUACGCGAAAUCCCUCUACCUGAACAACUACAAGAACUAGAGGUCGUAGCAGCUUCGGUCACAACUUCCCAAGAUCGAAAGAUUUUAUUUUGUUCUUUCUACCGACCGCCAGAUCUGGAUUUGUGUUGGUUUAAUUUAUUCAAUAAUUUUCUGGACUGGGUUUGCGAGGACUUUGACAAUAUGGUAAUCUGUGGUGAUUUUAGUUAUCCAAAAAUCUCAUGGGACGCCCCUGAUGCCUCCAGAGGUGCCAAUGAACAAGCAUUUGUGGAGGCGUUACACGACCACUAUUUAACUCAAAUUCAACGCAAGCCCAUGCGUGGCUCCAGUGUUUUAGACUUAGUCAUCACCAGUGUCCCAGACCAAACAAGCGUGUCCGAAGUCCUAGAAAUAGACAAAGCUGGUUUGUUCACGGAUCAUCGCACCGUCUUCUUCGAGUUCCACACCUUAGUUAAGGUCCCUGUCAAGACGCACCAUUCUGUGUAUGAUUAUGAAAAAGGAGACUUUGACGGCCUUAGAAACGCUCUGCGUUCAGUUAAUCUUACAAGUGUGGUGGGUGAGGGCGACCUUGAAAGCUGCUGGCAGACCUGUUCUAUUUCUUGCUGCGGUGAAAGACAAUAUUCCAACCAAGCGAUUAAGAGGUCGAAACCCCGUGCCCUGGCUCACAGAUGCCGUUAUCAAUCUUAUCAAGAAAAAGGAAACCGUACGCAGGAAACUAAAAUUGCACCCGUCGGAGUCACUAAAAGUCAAAUUUCAAACUCUGCGUUCACAAGUAAAGCGCGCGAUCAGAGAAAGCAGGGACGAGUUCUUUGAGUCUGCUAACCUCGAGUUCAAGAUCAAUCCCAAACUUCUCUGGUCAGUAUUAAAAACUCGCUCAAAGUCGCGCAACAUACCACAAAGUGUCUCCAUGGCAACGGAUAACCUAGGUGCAACCGCUGACACCCCGGAAGAAAUCGCAGAUAUUUUUGCCCCCGCAGGGAUUUCGCCCAGAGGCGAAAUCCCGAGGAGGCACCCUAGUGACUCGCGCGUAUAUUAAGGACAGUACUUACAGUUCAAAUAUACAGUCAGUAUACUAGAAAAAAUCUCGAUUUGCUCGAACUAGGGCCGCAAGGAAUCGGUAGGUAAUGAUGACGUUUCUAUUGUUUGCGCCCGCAAGUACGAAAUGGUUAGGAUGACGUAAAGACCGAAAAUCCCGAAGGGACCGCUCAGGUAGAUUUUGUGACAUUUGUUGUGCAGUCAUACUUCGAUACUCUUUUGCGUUACGCAGUGACAUUCUGUGGAGCAGUUGUUUUGAAAGUUAUGGACCAAAAGACACUGGUUAAGCGCAGGGGAGGUUAUAAGGUGCGUUUAACUGUGUAUAUAUAAGCACUUAGAGAGUUUUCCAGACACGAGUUCACAAAUCUUUGAUUUAUAUUGGAAACCUUGCCAGACACUUUUUCUCUCUCUUUGACCGGAAUAAGACUCAGCCCCAAACAAGCAAGACGAGUGAACAACGGCUAGCUUAUCACUAGCAGAUUGAUGGACAUUUACAGAAAUUCGGCGACAAUCAAAUUCUGUGCUGACUUAUUCCCUGCUCACAGAUGUCCUUUCGUUAUAAAGUUUCAAAUAAGACUAGAAUGCGCCAGCGUGAAUCGAUCAAACGUCCUCUUAAUUUCCAAGGCUUACUUUCCGGCAAAUAAAAUGAACUGAAUGUAAAAAGGGGAAAGAGAAAUAGAGAAAAACUCAACUUCUAAUUAAAUCCUUUCUUAUGGUUUAGAAUAAACUAUUCUCGAAACUGAGAAUGUUUUGAUCAAAGCUGUGUAAAUCGAACUGAAACUGUGCAUGGAACCUUGCGUUUCCUGUAUUUAUCUCACUUAUUGUAUGGAAUAUGUGCGAAAAUCUUCGUUAUGAAUCGGUAUAUUUCAAAGAGCUACACAACCAGCAAGAAUACUAUUGACCGACAAUAUACGGAACGGGGGCAGCUGUAGUGUUAACUAUUAAUAGUUAAUAACUAUUUCACUUCAGUGUUCUCUGUUCCUCAAGAGGACAAGUUAGAUAACGGCGCAGGGAAAUUCCCUGCCGCAGAACCUCCCUUUAGCGAUAUUGUGUUGCACGUCGGCGACGUUCAGGCUGUCCUAAAAUCACUAGACCCAAACAAAGCCACUGGGUUGCCACUACUAUUGCUCCAUCACUAUGCAAGCUGUUCAACAGGUCUCUGGGGGAAGGCUACAUACCGUCUGAGUGGAAAUUGGCCAAUGUACUGCCUGUCUAUAAGAAGGAUGAAAAAGAUCAUGUUGAAAACUAUAGGCCUAUAUCCCGUCUUGAACCGCAUCAAUGGCCGAUUAGAAGAUCUGAUUGCGGACUGUCAGCACGGGUUUCGGAGUGGACGUUCAUGUGUCACAAAUCUACUGGAGACCCUAGUUUUUACGGUACUAUCCUUGAUAGAGCUGGUCAAGUAGAUUGUGUGUAUUUAGACAUGUCCAAAGCCUUUGAUAAGGUUAGACAUGACCUCCUUAUGGAAAAACUGCGGGAUGCUGGCUUCGGAGGGAACCUGCUCACAUGGUUUCAUGCCUAUCUCUGUGGCAGGCGCCAACGUGUCACCGUACUAGGCGCGACAUCACGUGACCUACCUGUCACCUCUGGAGUCCCACAGGGAUCAAUACUUGGACCUGCUGUCUUCUUGUUAUAUGUGAACAACCUUCCAGGUUCUAUCCUCAAUAGCAAAGUGGCAAUGUUUGCAAAUGACACUAAAGUAUACAAGGUAGUGAUGUCUGAGGAUGAUGGCGCCGCUCUCCAACAAGAUCUGGAUAAUCUGUCUUCAUGGUCCGCUGCCUUUGGGCUAGCCUUCAAUGAUAAGAAAUGCAAGCUUCAGACCAUUACGAGAAAGCGCAAGCCCAUCUGUACGAGCUACUAAGUUAACGGCAGUACCAUCAAGUCCUGUGAGGUAGAGCGUGACCUUGGCGUCUCCUUGGACUGUGACCUGACUUGGCACGCCCAAGUCUCUCACCAAGCUGCACGCGCAAACAAGUUGUUUGAUUUCGUUAGGAGGAACUCUAGGUUUAUUCACAGUACUUCCGUAAGGUGCACAUUAUACCUCCGGCUAGUUCGUGCUCAUCUUGGCUACGCAACCGAGGUCUUGGCGCCCCAAAGCAUUGAACUAAUUUCUAAACUCCAAAGUAUCCAAAGACGUGCCACAAAAUUCAUUCUUUGCUUGCCUUUUUUAACAAAUAUCUCUUACAAAGAAAGACUAAUGUCUGUAAACCUACUUCCUGUGCGCUACUGGCACGAGUUACUAGAUCUAGUAUACUUUUACAAGGGUACGCAUAAUAUGAUUCACUUAGAUCCGUCUGCCGUUCCCUUCGUGCGCGAAUGCGCGCGAAGGACCCGUGUAUCCGUAACGAGCUCUCAAUCAUUUGUGCCUAAAAAAUGCAGGAGUUCUACCUUUCAGAAAUCCUUUUUCAUUAGAACCACUACAAUCUGGAACCUGCUUAUUACUAGACUUGACCUAGAUAAUGUUACUUUUGAGAACUUUAAAUCUGUUCUUUACGGUUAUUACUCGCGGGCUCUAGCAAUAAACUAUGACACGGACUCUCCAAGGAGCUUCAAAAGUAUUUGCUUGAAAUGUAACACAGCCAGGUUUUUAGACCAAGAAAUUAGCUGCUGUAUGUGAUUUAAGUUGUUACUCUUAUAUCUUUUAAUUUUUUGGGUCCCCAGUAACUGGCUUAAGCUGUUGCGGUGUCCCUGCCCAAAUAUUUAAGUUAUUAUUAGUGUAUUGUUACGUUCUUAUUACUAGUGUUUGCAUAUCUUCAGUGUUUUUUUGUAUUCUUCAGGGCAAAGCUAAUAAAAUAAAUAAAAAUAAAAUAAAUUGAAGCAAUUUUAAUUAAGUAGCAAUGUCUUAAAACAGAUCUUUUUCUUUGUCUGCAGAAACAUGCCUCUGAAUGUGUAAAGUUUCCAAUUGAUUGUUCCAAUGGGUGUGGUCAGGUCAUAACAAGAGAAGAGGUAAGGAUAACAGUGAAUAUGAGCUGCCUAGUCAUAAUAAUAGUAGUAAUAAUAAAUUUAUUAAAAAUUUACAAAAUAUCUAUUGGACCUAAUAAAAAGCUAGUGUAAAAAAAUGUGUUGUAAGCAAUGUUUUAAAAGUGUUAAAAUUUUCCUCAUUAUGAAUAUUAAUGUCCGGCAAGCUGUUCCAUAGUUUUGGUGCCGCAGCCAAGAAAGUGCGGUCACCAAGUGUCGUAUGAGUAAUAACUCUUGGAGCUUGUAGUAGGAGUCCUUUGUUUGACGUCACACAAAGGUUGAAGCCAAAUAUCUUGUAAAGAAAACAUAUUGUCUUGUAAUCACCCAAUGUGACUUCUCAACUAAAACCUUUUUUCGAAAGAUGUGGGAUCUUAAUUAGCAGUUAAUGAAUGAGGCUGAGUAGGAUAUGAAGUCUGUGUAUAACACCCUCCGAGAUCUGCUUAAUUCUUAUUAUUAUUCAUUCAAAAUAUUUUCCCGAUUCUGAUUGGCUAAAAGCACUCGUUUAAUUCACCAUAACCAGUUACUGAUGACCAAAUUUGGAAGAAUUUUGUCUUUAACGAGGAAGUGACGUCAAAAAUGCGGCGUUUUCGCAGGUUAAGGAACCGUUAACCGACAAAACCUGGGGACGAGGUUGAGUUGUUUUGAUUGUGAACUUGAAAAAUGGCGGACAUUUCACUCGUUUUAAGAGUAAGAACUAGGCGAAAACAUAGCUAAAAACAUGGGAAGAACAGCAAGAAGACAACUCGAAGGGCGACAUCUGCUAUUUGCAGAAUAUUUGCGGAGCUGGACAAACCUAAACGUGCACCAUCGAAGAUGAACUUAACAUCGAUGGAUCGAUGGAGGUUAGCAUGUUUUAGCCAUGUUUUUAAACUAGGAAUUAUUUUGAAUGAAUAAUAAAACAAUUAUUGAAUUCGGCUUUUUUAUCAUAUGAAGAAAAAACAACUCAACCUCGUCCCCAGGUCUUCUUGGUUAACGGUGCAUUAACCUGGAGAAGGCUGCAUUUUUGACGUCAUUUCCUCGUUAAACACAAAAUUCUUCCAAAUUUGGUCAUCAGUAUGUGGUUAUGGUGAAUUAUGUGUGUGCUUUUAGCCAAUCAGAAUUGGGGAAGUAUUUUGAAUGAAUAAUAGGGGAUCUUAAGUAUUUACGUCAGGUAACUUCUGCAAAUUAUCAUUUUAGUGAUUUCCUUGUGUUUGCUUAGAAAUCUUGUUUAUUUAUGGUUGAUAUUGUUAACUGCCUGGGUGGGUUCUUUUGUUAACUUGCCUAUAAAGCAAACGUUGCUCGGAACAAUGCAUUCUGAUUGAAUUUUAUGUUAUCGUAAAGCAUCAAGCUAAUACAUUAAUUCUGUUCCAGACAUUGUGUCAGAAAGAAAAUGACCCUUUAUACUUGUGGAUGAAACGCUUACAUGUACAUGUAUUUUGGAUUUGAUUUUUUUCAGAUUGGAAAUCACACUAAAAAUGACUGUCCACUUUCUAUUAUUUCCUGCCCUUUUCUUUCAGUUGGCUGCGAUACAAAGGUGUGUUUGUCACAUUUCUUAAAUCAGUCAUUAUUUAUUGUACUUAUUAUUUUGUUAUUUUCGGUCCUCUGGUUUGAGCAAACCCCUGGGGGAAGGGGCUGGGCACUCCCUGUAGUGCCCUUUGCUGGGAGACUUCAUUUCACCUCUUCCGCAAGACCAAACCUUACCAUUCCACCUUAAGAAAUUGGUUAUGCAACACUAGUAAGUAAGGAGUCGGCGGAGAUCGGACGACGUUGUUUUGUUUUACCUUGGAGUAGUAAACAAAGACGAUAAGAACUCGAGGCGAAGCCGAGAGAUUACCUCGGGUUUUUAAACCUGAUGAUACACGACUGCGAGUUUUUUGAAUGGCUUCAAAAUCUCUGAUAUAGAUCAACUCAUUCUUGCACUUAUAUUUAGAUUUGGAGUUAUUUUGGUCUGAAAAAUUGGACGUAAAGUUUAACCGUGCCUUUAUCAGAUGUGAAGACACUCAUUAUUACAUUUUAAUUUCUUUUGUUUUUUCUUUAUGAAUUAUUAAUAAGUUUUGAAUUGUAGUCUGGGUCACCAUGAGGUCCUUCAUUUCCCAGAGGUUUCAUGCAGCCCUCACCCGGUAUUCAUUCCGUGUGGCUAUUGGUAUCAGUGAAACCGUCGGGGACUAAAUUUUUUUUGAUCCUUCGUCAUGACAUUGCGAACAUAACAUCUUUCUCAAACACGAUACUCUUAUUAAAAUAAGUUUGGUAAUGAAGUCCACGUUUUCUUUUAGGUCAUGCGCGAAAAUAUGGCUUCACAUCUUCAGUCCUCUACUGAAGCGCAUCUUGUUUUAGCUUGCGUGAAGUUGAAUAACACUGAAGAGCGGUUGGCAAAUACACAGGUUGAGCUGAAUAAAACUCAAAUUCAGCUGAACAACACUCAGACUCAACUCAAUAAUUCGCAAGAGACAACAAUAGAGUUGGUGAGGAAAGUGGACUGGCUCGAGAGACAACUGAAAGAAAAAUUAAAUGAAAAGCAAGUCAAUGAAGCUGUACAUAAAGUGAUGCAGAUGAAAACUCGGUUUAUAUGGAAGAUAGAUAAUUUUUCUGAAAUGCUCAGAAAAGCAAAGAGAGAAGAAAAGUUUAAGAUAAAAAGUCAAACAUUUUACACGCAUAGCUGUGGCUACAAAUUACAGUUAUCACUGUAUCCUAACGGUAAUGGGUCUGGGACGAAUAGUCAUCUUUCUGUCUACAAUAACGUAUUAAAGGGAGAAUAUGAUGCUUUGUUACCUUGGCCCGUAAAAAUAACUAUGACAAUUACUUUGAUUGAUCAACAACCUUGUGAAAUCCAUCAGGAUAAUGUCGAGUCAUGCAUCACGAAUACCGUUUCGGAAAGGCCUAAGAGCGGUAGUAGGAAUUCUCGUGGGUCUCAUGAAUUCUUAUCUCAAGAUAAACUUAUGACAAGGUGUUAUCUUGAACACGACACCUUGUUUCUCCGAGUUGACGUUGGUCCAUCAGCGGGUGAGUUGGGUUUUUGGCCAACGCCUUACCCUUUGUUGACGGAGACAUAUGGAAGUUGGGGACUUUAG